AGACAAAAUUAUGUUGGAUGGGAUUUUGAAUCUUUGACAGCUAAUAGUAGGCUAGAGGCUAGAUCGGAGGAUACUGUUCAAAAAUCUGAUACAUUCCGGUGGUGAUAAAAGUUUGGCCACCUUGUUCGUUCUUACUCCACCCUGCUCCCCUUCCAACUCUGUGUUCUUAAUUCUUGAAUUUCCGGCUAUGCACGGGCACACAUGAGGAUAAUCCACGCAAAAACCCACAGUUGAAGCAGGCAGAGAAAGAUAGGAGAGGGGAGGUUUUUUCACAGGGUUUUGUUGUGCUGGAGCUCUGUUGUCGUGGAAUGUGAGAAUACGGCGUUUAGAUUUGUAGAAUUUGGUUCUUAGCUCGGGGAUUGGGGAUGGAUGGGAGGAGAAUAACUGCGAGCCCGCGGCCGGGUCGUGGGCGGCGAGUGGUGGCAAAGAGGCGGCGUCGCGGUGGCGUUGAUGGGUUCGUCAACAGCGUUAAGAAGCUCCAAAGGAGGGAGAUUUCUUCAAAGCUCGACCGGGCUUUUAGUAUGAAGGAUGCCCAGGAGCGAUUUCGUAACAUUCGUUUACAGGAGGAGUAUGAUACUCAUGAUCCUAAAGAGCAUUGUGCCAUUACACUUCCGUUUCUGAAGAAAAGGUCAAGAAUUAUUGAGAUAGUUGCUGCGCAUGAUAUUGUUUUUGCUCUUGCGCGGUCUGGAGUCUGUGCAGCUUUUAGCCGAGAGACCAACAAGAGGAUAUGUUUCCUGAAUGUUAGCCCAGAUGAAGUGAUACGAAGUUUGUUUUACAAUAAAAAUAAUGAUUCUCUUAUAACUGUUUCGGUGUAUGCUGCAGAUAAUUUUAGCUCCUUGAAGUGCAGGACUACGAGGAUUGAAUACAUAAAAAGGGGUCAACCGGAUGCUGGCUUUGCUCUUUUUGAAUCGGAGUCAUUGAAAUGGCCUGGUUUUGUGGAGUUUGACGAUGUAAAUGGAAAAGUACUCACUUACUCUGCUCAGGAUAGCAUAUACAAGGUGUUUGACUUGAAGAACUAUACAAUGCUGUACUCCAUAUCGGAUAAAGAUGUUCAAGAGAUUAAAAUCAGCCCGGGGAUCAUGCUAUUGAUAUUUACCCAAGCUAGUGGUUAUGUUCCACUGAAGAUUCUCUCUAUUGAGGAUGGAACUGUUCUCAAAUCGUUCAACCAUCUACUUCAUCGGAAUAAGAAGGUCGAUUUCAUUGAGCAGUUCAAUGAAAAGCUACUUGUCAAGCAAGAGAAUGAGAAUCUUCAGAUUCUUGAUGUCCGCAAUUCUGAGUUGACAGAAGUUAGUAGAACCGAGUUUAUGACGCCAUCAGCAUUCAUAUUUCUGUAUGAGAACCAGUUGUUCUUGACAUUCAGAAACAGAACAGUCGCGGUUUGGAACUUCCGCGGGGAGCUUGUAACUUCAUUUGAGGAUCACCUCUUAUGGCAUCCCGACUGUAACACUAACAACAUUUACAUUACGAGUGACCAGGACCUAAUCAUCUCCUACUGCAAAGCUGAUUCUGACGAUCCCUUAUCAGAAGGAAAUGCAGGUUCCAUCAAUAUCAGCAAUAUAUUGACGGGCAAGUGCCUCGCAAAAAUAAAAGCAACUAAACCCGAUACCCCAAGUGAUUGCAGUUGUAGUCCCAGUUGUCGUGGCCAAAGCUGUAAAUCUAAUAGAGUCCAAGCGUCUAGAAUCAGGAGCACUGUUGCAGAAGCGCUGGAAGAUAUCACUGCCCUCUACUAUGAUGAAGACCGCAAUGAAAUCUAUACCGGAAACAGGCUUGGCCUCGUCCACGUGUGGUCUAACUGAAAGGUUGUUUCUACUUUCUACCCCUCGGUUCCCCCUAUACAUGAUACCGCUCUGCUUGAUAGGCGAAUUCCAGCUGCUGACUUAAUGCAGAAGGAAGGAACUGUACCAUUAGACACUAAAGUAGCCCCGGUCCCGAUCUCUUUUUUCACGUGUAACUUUCAGCUUUCUUCCCCGAUAAGCUGCAAUUUUGGGGCGAGGGAGGGGAGACAACCUUUUCUUCCAUGUCAUCUUAGUACAUGACUACAUGCUUGCUAAUUAUAUGGUUUCUUUUGGGGGAAUGCCCUUUUCAAUAAGACAAUACUAGAACGAAUAGAUGAUUUCGAUCUGAUGAUAUGAUGUAGAUGUGUUCUUCCUAGUUCCCCUACUAUGUUGUAGAUGAUGGAUUGAUUGUAUUGUAUUGUACAUCCAAGUGAUACCAUUUCACCAUUUGUGAUAUUUUGAACUCAAAUUUAACGAUUACCCGGUGAGGUUUUGCUGGUCU